AUGGCUACAAAAUUCGGAGACAAGGACUUUAACUCAUCAGCCUAUCGGGACUACAGGCCCACGUACGAUCAGAGCCUCUAUAAGCUGAUUUAUGACUUCCACACGCGCCAUGAGCCUGAAGCUCGUUUUGACACAUGUGUGGAUUUAGCUACUGGAACGGGUCAAGCUGCGUUGGAUCUCGCUCCCAAAUUCAAGCACGUCUACGCUUUUGACAACUCUGCAACAAUGUUAAAAUCUGCUGUCGCAAAUCCAAAGAUAACGUAUGCUGAAGGUUCCGAUACAACCAUACCUGUCGCAGACCAUUCAGCUGAUGUGCUGACCGUGGCACAAGCUGCCCAUUGGUUUGACUGGGAUGGAUUUUGUAAAGAAGCAUCGCGAGUUUUAAAGCCUAAUGGGACUGUUGCUGUCUGGGGAUAUUCGUUGCUUGUCGUCGACAAGAACAAGGUGCUGACAGAUAUGGUGAACGACUACAAUGACAAUGUGAUGAAAAAGUACUGGGACACUCGUAGAUUCAUUUUGGAUGCUCAUUAUGCUGACUUGAAACUCGAACCUUACUUUGCUGUUACAGAGCGAAUUGUGUUGCCAACUGAAUCCAUGCCUUCGCCAAUCUCAAAGACGGUGACAGUUGAGACCUUCUUCGCUUAUAUGAGAACAUGGUCCGCUUGGAAGAAUUACAGAGAGCAGCAUCCAGAUCACGAUCCUUUGAUUGAUCUACAAGCUAAGGUGAUGAAGGCUCUUGGAGAUACCUCAACAAAAGAUACAUUGUUGGAUAUAUAUUGGCCAACAAUCUUGUUGCUUGGAAAGCAUGCAAAGAUGAGCCACAUAAACCAUGAUCGAAAUAUCCUUGCACUUCAGACGUCAGUUGAUUCGUCGGCUCUCUUUGACAUAGCAGUGGAUAUGGCAACCGGUACUGGCCAAGCUGCUUUAGAUCUCACUUCCAAGUUCAACCAGAUUCUUGCAUUUGACCUCUCAGCAUCCAUGUUGAAAGCCGCGAUUCCACACCCCAAAAUCAAAUAUGCCGAGGGACGAGAUUCCAAUAUUCCUGCUCCUAGCAAUUCUGUGGAUGUUAUAACUGUAGCCGAAGCAGCUCAUUGGUUUGAUUGGCAGCUAUUCAUACGCGAAGCGUUACGGAUACUAAAACCGAAUGGGACGUUGGCUGUAUUUGGGUAUUUUAUGCUGGUGGUGAAGGAUCAAGAAAAGAUUACGAGACUCGUUAAUGAUUUCAAUGAGAUUUUUCUGGACGAAUAUUUUGAUAAGCGACGGCACCUUCUCGAUGAUUGGUAUGCUCGAUUACCACUGGAACCAUACUUUCAAUUUUCUGACAGAAUCAUGUUGGGAACCGAAACCAUUCCAAGUCCAGUGACCAAAACAAUGACUGUCAGUGCCCUUCUGGAAUACUGUAGGACUUGGUCUGGCUACAAGACUUAUCGAGAGCUUCACAAAGACCAACCAGACGAACUCGAAUGCAUCAAACAAAAGAUUCUGACCGAGUUGGGUCCAAAUGCAAUGGACCAGAUUGUUGAUGUGUAUUGGCCAACAGUGCUGUUGUUGGCCAAGAGCAAGAUACCUCAAUAA